GAACUUUUUAUAUUGUUAAGUGGCUCUUAAGCGGCUAAUUCUUGACUGUGAAAACUGCUUUUCCUGGGCAAUGCUCUUUAAGGAAAAACUUCUUCAGUCCAGUGAUUGGUGACUAAGGAAACGAUGGAGCACAGGGGAUUGGGCGGGAUCUCGGCUCCUAAUAAUGCCUCCUUGUCCAAUGAAAAGCAUUUCCUAUUGAGACCCCCAAGAGUUCCCUCAGCCCUCGCUACGGCCCGGACUUUGGGCCUUUUCUUGUGUCCUGCUUGUUAAAGGCCAGCCGGCUACCGCAUUCAAGAGAGCCAUUCCUUAACAAAGAAAAGAGAUAAAUGUAAAUAAGCUCACAGUUUCAGAAUGAGCGGUUUGUUGUAAGAAACUUCGGCAGCCCAGAGCCUGUUACUUUGGGCUGGGCUAAUCUUUCCCUGUAAAAAAAUAAUGGAUUAAAAUAUGCACUUCUAAAGUGCAAGUUGUCCAUUUACAUGUUUAUUAGCUAAUUGUCUACAGGCAUGAGCACAUUCUUUCAUCUUGCAAACUCUUUCUUGGGGAGGAAAAUAUUUCUUACCAGUCUCUAGUCUCAAAGUGGUGAAACCUGCAGCCAGCAGGCCUUCUGAAAAAAAAAAAUCCAUGGGUGACAGAAGAUUCAUUGACUUUCAGUUUCAAGAUUUAAAUUCAAGCUUCAGACCCAGGUUGGGCAAUGCUACUGCCAAUAAUACUUGCAUUGUUGAUGAUUCCUUCAAGUAUAAUCUGAAUGGUGCUGUCUACAGUGUUGUAUUCAUCCUGGGUCUGAUAACCAACAGUGCCUCUCUGUUUGUCUUCUGCUUCCGCAUGAAAAAGAGAAGUGAGACUGCUAUUUUCAUCACCAAUCUAGCCCUUUCUGAUUUGCUCUUUGUUUGCACUCUACCUUUCAAAAUAUUUUACAAUUUCAACCGUCACUGGCCUUUUGGUGACACCCUUUGCAAGAUCUCUGGGACUGCAUUCCUCACCAACAUCUAUGGGAGCAUGCUGUUCCUCACCUGUAUUAGUGUGGAUCGUUUCCUGGCCAUUGUCUAUCCCUUCCGAUCUCGUACCAUUAGGACAAGGAGGAAUUCUGCCAUUGUGUGUGCUGGAGUCUGGAUCCUAGUCCUCAGUGGUGGUAUUUCAGCCUCUUUGUUCUCCACCACUAAUGUCAACAAUGCAACUACCACCUGCUUUGAGGGCUUCUCCAAACGUGUCUGGAAGACUUAUCUGUCCAAGAUCACCAUAUUUAUUGAAGUUGUUGGUUUCAUCAUUCCUCUGAUAUUGAAUGUCUCUUGCUCUUCUGUGGUGCUAAGAACCCUACGCAAGCCUGCUACACUGUCUCAAAUUGGGACCAAUAAGAAAAAAGUGCUGAAGAUGAUCACAGUGCAUAUGGCAGUCUUUGUGGUAUGCUUUGUACCCUAUAAUUCUGUCCUCUUCCUGUAUGCCCUAGUGCGCUCCCAAGCCAUUACCAAUUGUUUAUUGGAAAGAUUUGCAAAGAUUAUGUACCCAAUCACCUUGUGCCUUGCAACUCUGAACUGUUGCUUUGACCCUUUUAUCUAUUACUUCACCCUUGAGUCUUUUCAGAAGUCCUUCUACAUCAAUACCCACCUCAAGAUGGAGUCCUUGUUUAAGACUGAAACACCUCUGACCACAAAGCCUUCCCUUCCAGCUAUUCAAGAAGAAGUUAGUGAUCAAACAACACAUAAUGGUGGUGAAUUGAUGCUAGAAUCCACCUUUUAGGUAAUGAGAACUGUCUUUAGGUUCAGAUAUGGUUGUUCCUAUGAUUUUUCCUAUGCUAUGAACAAGACAAACAGUUUGAAGCUAAUGAUACUGAAAAUGGAUUAAUGUACUGAAUAGUCAGAUACAUUUAUUUGAAUGUUUAUUGUACAUAUGCUGUUUUGUUCAAUAAUUAUAGGUCAGGUCUAAUUACAACAACCAAAAGAGAUUGCCAAACUCUUCUGCUGGUUUUUAAUUUCAUUUAUCACAUUAUGUAGGUAGCCAGUGGCCUUGACUUUAGUGAUCUGGAGAUUAUUUUAAAAAUUUUUAAGAAGAUAUUUCCACUCUGAUAAUAUUUGGUAAUUAGGUUGGGCCUAUAAAUAUAGAACAAAUUCAGGGAUUAUUAAAAAAAGUUUGUGUUAACUACUGAUAGUUAGUCUUUUUUUCCUUUUUUGUAUUGUCAUAGAAUAUAUUUUAGCACAAGAACAUAUUUUAGCCUAACAUUAUUAAUAAGAAAUGUAUCAAAUUUAAAAGAGCUAUCAGAAUUUAUUGCAUAUAUUUUGAAAGUAGAAACAUAAAUUGCGUUUGCCUGAAUAUGGAUGGGAAGAAACAAAAUUAGCUGGAUUUACACAUUUGUAGUUCCCAGCAGUGUCAGGUUUUUUUUUUUUUUUUAGUUCUUCCUUUUUUUACACUGCAUUAAGAUUUUCAUAUAAAACUUCAAAUCCGGGAUCCCUGGGUGGCGCAGCGGUUUGGCGCCUGCCUUUGGCCCAGGGCGCGAUCCUGGAGACCCGGGAUCGAAUCCCACAUUGGGCUCCCGGUGCAUGGAGCCUGCUUCUCCCUCUGCCUGUGUCUCUGCCUCUCUCUCUCUCUCUCUCUGUGACUAUCAUAAAUAAAUAAAAAAAAAUUUAAAAAAAAAAUAAAAUAAAACUUCAAAUCCAGAAAGCUGCUAAAUACAUGUCUGAAAUAAAUACAAAAUAGAAAAUCACAUAAAACAGCACGUGUCCAUUUAAAAAUUAGCAACACCAAUAUUUUUUCUUAAAAUUUCCAAUUAUCUUUCUUUUGACAGACUGAUUUUAUAAAAUAUUGUUCAUAUGAGAUUUUGUAGCACAAUGCAGCCAGAAUACAGCUGCAUUUAUGCCCUGCUCAGGAGCAAAUUGAAAAAAAAAACAACAACAAAAUAAUAACAAAAAAUAGAACACAUUUAAAAAUCUUUUUUUUUUAAUUUAUUUUUUUUAUUGGUGUUCAAUUUACUAACAUACAGAAUAACACCC